UUUUCACUUUCACUUCUGAUGAGGCCCAGAACCAGCAGGAUCGGAGGCAGUGCACAAACGUAAAGCCUUCCGUCCAUUCGCCCGAGAAUGCCGCUUUGUUGCUAAAGGACAACGCUGUUUUCACAAUGCUUGAUGUUUUAUUUGCAACAGAGAAAAUAUUAAGGGAGGAACAAUCUGAUUUAGAACUGAAACUAUUCUGAAUGAAACAGAAAAAUUGCAACUAUUUAUGCACCACCACAGCUGACUUCCAGAUGGCAACUACUGGAUAUUUAAAAUUGAUAGGAUUCCUUACAGCUAUCCUCACCUUUUCAAUAACAGACGCUUUACAAAAUGACCAGAAUGGUAAGGAGGCAUCAGAUUUCCCAUUCACAUCAGAUGGUCGAAUGUAUCCCUGGAACAAGAUGAGAUUGCCUAAAACCAUUGUCCCCGUGCAGUAUGAUCUGGUUAUCCAGCCAAACUUGACCACACUGAAUUUUUCUGCAUCUGUAAGAAUUGAAGUUUUGGUUGAAUCGGAUACCAACUCUAUCAUUUUACACAGCAAAAACCUGGAAAUCAUCAAGGCAACAGUCAUACCUGUGAAAAAGGAUGGAACACCUGGGUUGGAAAGCAACUUGGAAAUUUUAGAAUACCCACCAUUUGAGCAACUUGCACUUCAGGCGGAUGCACCCUUGUACUCAGGAAACACGUACUUGAUCAAUGUUGACUACGUUGCCAAUCUGUCAGAAAGCUUCCAUGGCUUUUACAAGAGCACUUUUAAAAAACAAGAUGGUGAAAUAAGUGUGUUGGCAUCUACCCAGUUUGAGCCCACUGCAGCCCGCAUGGCCUUUCCAUGCUUUGAUGAACCUGCUUUCAAAGCCAAGUUUUCAAUCAAAAUACAAAGAGAGUCCAGACAUAUUGCUGUAUCCAACAUGCCCAUUAUAAACUCUGUUAAACUAGCCAAUGGACUUAUCGAAGAUCAGUUUGAUGUGAGUGUUAAAAUGAGCACGUACCUUGUGGCUUUUAUCGUGGCAGACUUUAAAUGGGUCAGUAAGGAAACCAAGCAUGGAGUUAAGAUUUCUGUGUACUCUGUCCCAGAGAAGAUCAAUCAGACCUCAUUUGCUCUUGAUGCAGCAGUCAGACUCCUGGAAUUUUAUGAAGACUAUUUUAAUAUUUCAUACCCACUGCCUAAACAAGAUUUGGCUGCUAUCCCUGACUUUCAGUCUGGGGCAAUGGAAAACUGGGGUCUGACCACCUACAGGGAAUCAGCACUACUUUACAAUGCUGUGACCUCUUCAGCCUCUGACAAGCUUGGAAUCACCAUGAUCAUAGCGCAUGAACUGGCUCACCAGUGGUUUGGAAAUUUGGUAACCGUGGAGUGGUGGAAUGAUCUUUGGCUGAAUGAAGGAUUUGCCACGUUCAUGGAAAUUAUCUCGGUUAACAUCACACACCCAGAGCUUCAAGUUAGAGAAUUCUUCUUGGAUAGAUGUUUCAGUGCAAUGGAAGCAGAUUCCUUCAAUUCCUCCCACCCAGUAUCAACUCCAGUGGAAAACCCUGCACAGAUCCAAGAAAUGUUUGAUAAUGUCUCCUAUGAGAAGGGAGCUUGCAUUCUGAACAUGCUGAUGGACUAUCUGACAGAAGAUGUUUUUAAAACUGGCAUUAUUCGUUACCUACGUUGCCAUAGUUAUGGAAAUGCAAAAAAUGAGGACUUGUGGAACAGUCUGACUAAUAUUUGUCCAUCAGAUGAUACACAUGGAAGCAGACUAAGUGAGCAACAGUUUUGCUUAGGAAAGUCAGAGCUACCUCCUGGUUCACAGUGGUUCAUGAAAGAUGUUCUUGAUGUGAAGGAAAUGAUGAACACAUGGACACUUCAGAAGGGAUUCCCACUGGUUACUGUUACAGUGAAAGGAAGACAAGUAUUAUUACGACAGGAACUUUAUCAAAAAGGUUCUAAUUCCCAAGAUGAAAAUUCUGAAUCUGCAAGCUAUCUGUGGCAGAUUCCACUGACUUACAUUACAAGCCAUUCCAAAACUGUCCAGAGGCACUUGAUGAGAACAAAAAAUGAUAUUAUCACUCUUUUGGAGGAAGUGAAUUGGAUAAAGUUCAAUGUGGAUAUGAAUGGCUAUUACAUUGUUCAUUAUGAGAAUGAUGGAUGGGAUGCAUUAAUCAAAUUACUGAGAGAACGUCACACUGUCCUCAGUAGCAACGACCGAGCCAGCCUGAUUAACAAUGCCUUCCAGCUUGUGAGUAUAGGAAAGCUGCCUCUUGACAAAGCCCUUGAUUUGACACUUUAUCUGAAGAACGAAGUCAGUACCAUGCCUGUAUUCCAAGGUAUGAAUGAGCUCGUACCCAUUUACAAGCUUAUGGAGAAGAGAGAAAUGGAGGAAGUUGAAAAUCAAAUGAAGACGUACAUUGUCAACUUAUUUAAGGACCUGAUAGACCAGCAAUCGUGGAGUGAUGAUGGCUCGGUCUCUGAACGGUUGCUGCGCAGUACGUUGCUGGUAUUUGCCUGUGUUCGCGAGUACCAGCCCUGUGUUGACAAAGCAGAGGAAUACUUCAGGAAAUGGAUGGAUUCCAAUGGUACAUUGAGCUUACCCGCUGAUGUUGCAUUAGCAAUUUUCACAGUUGGAGCCCAGACUACAGAGGGAUGGGACUUCCUAUUUGAGAAGUACAGGCACUCGCUUUUUAGCUCUGAGAAGAGCAAGAUUAGAGCUGCCCUGACAAUCAGCAAAAAUACAGAGAAACUUCAAUGGUUAAUGGACCAAAGUUUGCAAGAUGACAUUAUCAAAACACAAGAUCUACCUUCGAUUGUUAUAUUGGUGAACAAAAAUCCAACUGGACAUCAUCUUGCUUGGGAAUUUUUUAAGAAGAACUGGAACAAGUUAAUAGAAAAGUUUGAACUUGGAUCAUCUUCAAUUGCAUACACAGUGACUGGUAUUACAUCUCAGUAUUCAACAAGGCUUCACCUUGAAGAGGUCCAAGGAUUUUUUGAAUCAUUAAAGGAUAAAGGUUCUCAGCUCCGAUGUGUUCAGCAAGCAAUUGAAACAAUAGAGGAGAACAUCCAAUGGAUGGACAAGAAUUUUAUUAAGAUCGCUGCAUGGUUGGAGAAUUUAAAAUCCCUUGAUUAAUUCAGUAGUUAAUCCUACAUCCUUAGUCAUUUCAUCAACUCCCUUGCAGAGACACUGUUCUUUCCUAUGUUGUCUUAGUUAUAUCGUGUUUCAGGUAAAAUGUUAUUUACCCACGCCCUCUACUUUCUCCAAGACUUUCAGUUCCCCGCCCCCAAAACCCUGUCUUGACCAUGAAGAUUUAGCCUCUCUACAUCUGUAUCCCCCAUGAAGAGGGCCUAAAAGCCCUCUCUGUUUAUUCCUCUUCCGCAGGGCAAACAGUUCACCUCCACCGACCCUCUCAUCCACUUGGCGGAACUUGUCCUCGCUCUCAACAACUUUCCUCUUAACUCCUCCCACCCCCUACAAACUAAAGGGGUGGCUAUGGGCACUUGCAUGGGACCGAGCUAUGCCUGUCUCUUCGUAGGAUACAUGGAACAGUCCCUCUUCCGCAGUUACAUUGGCACCAUCCCUUACUUCUUCCUCUGCUACAUUAAUGACUAUCGGUGCUGGCUCGUGCUCCCAUAAACAGUUCAUCCACUUCACCAACACCUUUCAGCCUGACCUCAAAUUCAUCUGUACCAUCUCUGACACCUCCCUCCCAUUCCUGGACGUCUCUGCCUCCAGCUCCGGCAACCAACUUAGCACAGACAUCCAUUUCAAACCCACUGACUCUCGCAGCUACCUCAAAUGCACCUCCUCUAACUCAGCCUCUUGCAAAAAUGCGAUCCCAUGCUCCCAAGAUGAAACAUUCCAAUCUUGGACAUCCCAGAUAUCCUCCUACUUCAGGGACUCUAAUUUCCCCUCUCCCAUGAUUCAUAAUGCCCUCAACUGUACCUCCUGCAUUUCCCACACUCCUGCCCUCAAAAUCCCCUCUCCCCAACCAUAAUAAGGUUAGAGUCCACCUGGUCCUCUCAUACAACCCCACCAAACUCCAAAUCCAAUGCAUCAUCCUCUGCCACUUUCUCCACCUGCAAUCAGACCGUACCACGAAAAAGAUACUUCCUUCCAUAGGGACCGCUCAGUCUGUGACUCCUUCGUCUGCUCCACAUUCCCUACCAAUCCUUUCUCCACACCCGGUGCCUUUCCCUACACCUGCCCCUACACUUCUGUUGAAGGCCCCAAACAAUCAUUCCAAGUCAGACAGGGAUUCACCUGUACGUCUUCUAACCGGGUCUGUUGCAUCCAUUGCUCCCGAUGUGUUCUCUCUAUAUUGGAGAGACCAAGCGGAGACCUAGUGACUGAUUCGUGGAGCAUCUGUGCUCUGUACACACCAAUCGAUUCCACCUUCAAUGCCAGCCAUUUCAACUCCCCCACCCCUCCCUCGGCGACAUGUCCAUCAUUGGCCAGCUCCACUGCCACAAUAAGGCCGCACAUAAACUGGAUGAACAACACCCUGUAUUCCGCUUCGGGAGCUUACGACCCAAUGGCCUCAGCAUAGAGGUCACCAGCUUCAAAAUCUCCAUACCCCCGGCCUCAUCCCAUGUCCAGCCCUCCCUCUCAUCCCCACCUCCUUGACCUGACACAACCUGUCCAUCUUCCUUCUCGCCUAUCCGCCUCCCACCCUUCCCAUUGACCAAUCUCUACAACCCCCUACCUACAUCAACCUAUCACCAUCCCACCUUCCUUCCCCCAGCCCCACCCCCUCCCUCUAUUUAUCUGAGCUCCCUUCCCCAGUCCUGAUGAAGGGUCCCAACCCGAAACGCGACUUUGCUGCCCUUCAGAAACUGUCUGACUUGCUGUGCUCCUCCAGUUGCACAUCUUAUCGACUUUGAAAAUCCAUAUGUAGUGAUACCAUUGCUGCUGCAAGAUCCUCAAUACUCAAAUAUGGACUAAAGGAAAAAUGAUUGAUUUUCAAUCUUAUGGAGGACUGUAGCAGGAAUUGCAUUUGCUACAGAGGAAAUAUUUGGGUAACAUAUAUUUUUAAUGUGUAUUUGUUUUUGUUGAAGACAGCAAAGAAAUAUAGCUCACAGUAAAACACAACAUGUUUCAAAGGAGAUUUUCUUGGAUUCUGAGGUCAUUCUAAUUUAAAAUCCCACAGUGGAACUUCGAGCGAAAACUGCAUUCUUAAGAACAAGAUCAUUUGCUUUGAAAUGACACCCAAAUAAAAUUUUUAAAAAAUUAACAACCAUUAUCUUUUUAAAAAAAGUUGUAGCCCAUUUCAAAAUCUCACUUCAUUUCUACUGUUCCAACAAAACAUUUUAAAAAGGAAAUUGUAUCAAGGCACGAGCUAUAGUAGAUAGUUAAAUGUGAUUGGUGAUUCUUGGUACCUUAGUUAAGAAUUUUUGAGCUAUCAUGGUUUAUAUUUGCAAUGAGCACAUUUUUGAACUUUUUUUGCACCUGUUAUGGAUAGAAUUUUAGGAUAUUAUUAGCUGUAUACAGACUGCAGAAUCUCUUCACCCCACAAAAAGGUAGGCUCUCAUCUCAGGACAGUGAAUUUGAUUUGAUAACUACGUGUGAUUUCCUUAAAGAAAUGAGUAGGUUAUUGGUUGGCUGAAACUCUACGGUUGACAGCUUGAAGGCUAAAACCCUAUUUCAUAGAAUUAAAGAGAAUGCAGUUACCAAACAGAAUUAUUUGUGAUUUUGGCAGUAAGGAGAAUAAGGCCUUUUCUAAUUUAAAUCCUGAGCCAGUUUAGCGUUAAACAGUUAACGUAGAGAAAGUAACUCACUGUUUUAGUCCUCACAUUUAAGUAGAAAGGAAGUCACAAAAUUGUGAAAUUAUCAAGGUUUGACUUUUUAAAAUUUUUGUUAUUAGGCUUUUUAAAUUCCUUGUUUAUUUUGCUGUUAUGCCUUUCUCUUUUACAGUUAGAAUCUGAACUGAGGUUGCCCAACAUUUAAAUUUCUUCCUUCAUAUUUUGAUGUCCUGCUAUUCAAUGGGUGGGUCAUCCUCAGAAAGAGGGCAAUUACAGUUAAACAAAUAAAACAUAUUUCUCCUUUUUUGGAGGCAGUUAUAAUCUAAGCCUGGGUCUUAUAAUGAGGGUCCACAUGUGGCUUUUAUUAGGUGAGUCCAUCUGGUCUCACCAGGCUGGUGCUACAUCUUCUGCACUGGGUUCCUUUGAGGGCCAGGAUUGUGGAAACUCCUGAGUCAGUGCUCUAUCUGAGGUCACUGGCCCUCUAACAGCUUUGUGGAAGUUUUGCCCCAUCCAAGGCUUAACAGAAACACAGAUCAGGAUCUGGCAUAUUUCAGUUUGUUUGAUUUCAAGCUCCAUUGUACAUUUAUACAGAUUUGAUAAAGUUCUGGCUUAGUAGAAUCAUAGCAUCUUUAACACGAGAAAUUUGCGACUGGCCGAUAAUUAACGUGCAGGCUCUUUAAAACAGCUGACCAGUUUAGUCCACUUCCUGUAGCAGUUUCCUUAGAACUCUGCAAAUUCAUCCUUUCUGUGUUUGUGUACGUGAGAAUUAAAUUUGCGUUGAUCAUAAUCUCUAGCAAUUGAUAUAGAAUUGUGGAGAUCUGCAGCAGAGAAAAAUGCCCUUUAGCCCAUCCAGUCUCUUGCAGUGAAAAACAACCACCGAACUAUUUUAAGAUAACAAGAUGCAGAGCUGAAUGAACACAGCAGGCCAAGCAGCAU